UGAAUUUCGAAGGAGCAAAAGGGUCAAAUUAGUGGAGAAUGUAAAGAACUGAAUUAAACUGAACCAACCAAACCUAAACCAACUUAAGCCAAACCAAAAUCUCCAAAACAUUAUUAUACUGAAGUAAAUUUUCUUAUCCCGAACGAUUUAUUGCAAACGGAACCAAACCGACAAACCAAUAUGCAUAAUCAGUUAAAUUAAUUACUGUAUAUUAAUGAGAAGAAUAACAUUUUUCAAACAUUUUAGUAGUAAAUUAAAUUUCAUUGACGUCAAAGAAAACUAAUAAAUUUCCAAUAAAUCUGCAUUAAAUUUAAAGCCAAAAUUAAGCUUGAAAUAUACUAACGUAAAAUAUUCAAAAGAAAUCAUUAAUCUAAAUUUAUUCUUUUUCCAUAAAACUCUUUCAUCAGUCUCUUUCAUUAUCUACCAACAUUAAUUAAUUAGCAUAAUAAGACAACUUAUCUCACACGAGCACAGUCACCGACUUACAGAAGAAAGCCCACAUCUGUUAACAUCAAAAUUAGGGGCAAUAUAGUCAUUUCAAGACUUUCAAUAUCCCCUAUAUAAUCUCUCUCUCUCUCUUCUUCGAUUUAAUUAAUCAAAAAUCAAAACCUUUCGUCUCUCCCCCUCUCGACUCUCAAAUCGAAAUUAGGGUUUUUGAGAAUCAGAAUCAGAAUCUCCAUUCUUCAAUUUUCAAUUCUUCCAAUCUUCUCGCGAGGAUCAUCAUGAUUUCAGAUUCGAUCACCAACGCUUCUGCUAUUGCAUCCUCUAACGCGAGAGAUUUCGCUAAGAAGAAGAAGAAGAACAAUAAGACGGCGAAGAUGAAGCAGAGCAAGCUCGGUCUCCGCCGUGAGCAAUGGCUUUCUCAAGUCGCUGUGACCAAUAAGGAGGAGAGGAGUGAUCAUAGAGUUAAUAACCCUGUGGAGAAUGUAGAUGAGAAUCUUCGUCAUGAGAGGUUUAUGGAGUCACCUUCAAGCAGCUCCAUGGGAGGGACAGAUAUAAGCACUAACUUUAGUGGGAGAAGCAGCCGGAGUAGUAGUAGUAGUAGCAGAAGCUCUGGUGACAAAACAGAAGAGGACAAUGUAGAUGAUGAUGAUGAUGGGUGUGUAGAUGAUUGGGAAGCUCUUGCUGAUGCAUCAGAGGAGGAGGAGGAGAGACUCAUCCAUGAGUCAGUCAAGGAGCAAGAGAAUGUUGCACAUUCAGCUUCUAGUAACCGAGCUUGGAGGCGAGAUGAUGACAAUCGUCCUCAGGCUUUACCCAAUCUUGCCAAGCAGAUUAGUUUUCCCGAGCUGGACAAGCGUUUCAGCGCUGCUUCGAUACCCUCUUCGUGUCCCAUCUGCUACGAAGACUUGGACUCGACGGAUGCUAGUUUCUUCCCAUGUCCUUGCGGGUUUAAACUCUGUCUCUUCUGCCACAAGACGAUUUACGACGGAGACGGGCGGUGUCCUGGAUGCAGGAAGGCGUAUGAGCGGAAUGCGAUGACAACUGAGACUAGUUUUCAAGGUGGCUGUGUAACAGUUCGGUUGACUCGUUCCUCUAGCAUGUUUUGCAGGUCUUGAGAUGUUGUUGUUUCCUUUCCCAUCACUCUUGGGACUCUCUGGUUCUUUUUUAGCAUUAGGUAAUGUGGGUAUAGUGUUUGUCUUUUGGGACUCAGAGAAGUUUGUUUGCUGUGAAGUCUGACUCUGAAACAUUGUGGUGAUGGUGAUGUAAUGUGGUGUGUGAAUACAUAAAAAAAAAGUGUUAACAAAAUAUUCCAAUAUAUAAAAAUAGUUUCAGUAAGUAAUGCUAUUGGUCUGCAAUUAUUUUUUGUCUGAACCACAUAUGGUUGAUAUUUCACACAGUUACUGAUAAUUUUUGUUUACUGUAGCCAUUCUUAACUUUGACAAUAAUCACUCCAUGUUGUUUUAGGUGGCCGUAACCAUUCCUGGACUACUAUGCUCCACUAUGGUAAAUCAAAAGCUUUAUAAGUGUUUGUUUGGAAAUUUAGGGCUGAUUCAUUCAAAUGAUGCGGCAUUUGUUUAACAUGUAUUUCUCAGUUGCAGUAAUGCAAUUGUCAUGCUAUGGGGCCUUUGCCUUGUUGGUGAAGCUAAAACAUAUAUAGGCUUCUUCAGAGAUGGUUCCCUGAGUCUUAUCAGAGUCCUCGGCAGUAGCUUGCAAAGAAAGCAAUACCGUUUGAUUUGAAGAGUAAUUUAAGUAGAAAGAGGGUUUUUGUUUGAAAGAUACAAAAGGAAACAAAAGAAAGUAUGAAGCAACAAAAUCAUGCUUAAUUAUAGAUAUGAUUAAUUCUUUGCUCAUAUCAAAUAAACAUUUAUUGAUAUAUUUUUUUUAAAUGUUUUUUUUUAAAUAAAUUACUACUAUUUAAAAAAAAACUAAAAAGAUACAGAAAACAGAAAAUCAACAUCUAAAAUCUAAAAACUAAAAUCAUAA